CGCGAAAGAACGAAACCGGGAAUCCAUCACUAUCAGUGCCGGAAUCUUACUGCGAUCGAUAUGAUGUCUCUUGACAACUUAAUGCAUGGCUUCACAUGAACAACAAUUAAAAUGAGAGACGGUGAAAGGAUUUGAGUGUAUUGAAGAUGUCGUCAUCUCGAAGAGCCAGCGUCGAUCAGCUGUCUCAGAUACCGUGCACUCCAGUCAACGAGGGCGGCCGUGUACCACCGGGGUGCAUUGUCACUAGUCAACGAUGGAAAGGAUCGGAAUUGGUCAACACAUUGCAAGGGAAAUUGAAAGUUAUCAUGGAGGAUAAGCUUGGUGUGAUAGACUUCCAUCCGUCCAAUGAAGCCGGCGUGGUGUACAUCUCAGAGACGGACUUGGUGGCCGGCAGUGGCUACAAACAGAAACUAGCUAAACUCAGGAAGGCCAACAGUCUCAGAGGCGUCGUCGUAGCAGAACGCACCCCAAUCAGCGAGCAGUACUACGCAGAUCUUCAGAAGUUUGUGAGUCUGGAGCUGGGACUCAAGAUGCUCUUCGUCGUGUCUCAGACGGAAGCCGCCAAUCUUCUCAUCCAAAUGGUGAAUGAAGAGCACAAACCGCAUGCCAACCCUUUCCUCGUCAAGAGACGCAAACAGUCCAUCGACGCCGGCGUCCUAGCGACAGUACAUCUCAUCCCCAAUGUGGGCCCAGUCAAAGCCAAGGUCUUACUGCAGAGAUUCAGAAGCAUUAAAGGAAUCGGUAAUGCUUCCGAGCAGGAGUUGACUGAGGUGGUCGGUAGAACCAAGGCAAGUAACAUCAAGGCCUUCUUCCAACAUAGGACAUCAGCUGAUGGUCAGUCAUCGUCUGUAACCUGAGAGGUCAUAUGUCGCCUGCGAGGUCAUAUUACACCUAAAGCAUGUCACCCGAGUUUGGAGUUUAUCAUCUUGGCCUGUCACCUGAGCUGUAAUCUGUCACUUGAGUUGUCAUCUUUGAUCUGAGCUGUCAUCCGUCACUUGAGCUGCCAUGUCAACUGAGCUGUCAUCUGUCAAUUGAGCUGUCAUCUGUCAACUGAGCUGUCAUCUGUCAGCUGAGCUGUCAUCUGUCACUUGAACUGUCAUCUGCCACUUGAAAUGUCAUCUGUCAACUGAGCUGUCAUCUGUCAUCUGAGCUGUUAUCUGUCAACUGAGCUGUCAUCCCAGUUGAGCUGAGAUCUGUCACCUAAGUUGUUACCUGUCACUCGAGUAGUAUGUCAUCUGUCACUUCAGCUGUCAUCAGUCACCUAACCUACCAUAUGCCACUUGACCUGGCACCUGUCACCUGAGCCAGCCUCUGCCAUUUGAGCUGUCAGCUGUCAUCUGAGCUGUAAUGUGUCACCUCAGCUUCAUUGUCACCCGACCUACCAUAUGCCCCUUGACCUGUCACCUGUCAUGCGCAGUGUCAUGUGUCACCUGACUUUUGUUUAACUUACUUUUCAUCUGUCACUUGAGUUGCCAAGGGCUUCUCACAGGAUGUUGUAAAUUAGGCUUGGAUUCCACAUCGGUUAACAGACUCAGGGAGUUUGAGUUAAAACCAACCCAAACUGACACCAGAGAAAAGUCAAUUUGCUUUUGCUGGAUUUAUUUGGAGGGGUUAGUAUUUUAUAGCAUGUUUUGUUACACUGACCUUUUUAAAGUUUUGUA